CCAGUUUACCUCUCCUUUUUGAGAUUCUGCAGCGAGCAUCGCGUCGUCUCGCUCCUUCCUCCUCUCCUGCUGCAGCUCUCGCUCGGACUCCGCACUCUACUUCGUGUUUUUUUUUAAAAAGGUUUUGUUGUUCUUAAAAAGGAAUGCGAACAGUUUUCGCGUGUGUUCACGAAGAGCUGAACAUUUUUGCUACGGUCCUCUCUCAGGUCUGACUCGCCGGUACCUGUCCAUGGUGCUGAAACGCUUUUCUUCCCGGUGCACUGCUGCUCCAAAUACAUCCAGAACCAGUCCUAUUUUCUGCAUCUUUUCGUGCCCUGCGGGUGAGAUACUUUCAGCAAUAACUGACGAGGCUUCUGAACUCAGAACAGACGGAGGUGGUCCUGAAGGAAGCAAGAAGAAUCGACUGUGACUCUCUCAAUACCGGCUGCAUCGAUUUCAAGAGGACUCAUCUUUCUAUACUUAACAAAAAGAAAUUCGGAUGCAUGGACGAUUGUUGUAACGCACUUAGCCUGGAGAUAUUUGCUCUUUAAAGAACCAGUGGGGAAAUUGGAUGACUAGUUUUCAUUUGUAGCAAAAACAUUGUUCUGGGUACGGGGAGAGGGUUUUUUUCUCUUCUACUGGAUCAACUUAAACAACACACCCUGCCUCUCAAAGAUAAAACUUGUCCUGAAUACCAAAUGGUAGUUUGAGGAGGCCUCGAUCGAGACAAUGGAGACGUCCGCCAACGGGUCCAGUUUUGGCAUCGACUCGCUGCUGUCACACAGGCCUGGAAGUCCGGUGUCCAAGGGGGACAGCCUGGUGGGGGAGUGCCGCUCGCCUCUGGAGUUCAGCCCGAGAUCAGACGUGGAGAGCGGCUGCUCGUCGCCUCCGUCGCCGAGGAGGGAGUGCGGGGAUGAGGUGGCCCAGAGGCAGGGUCACGGCAUCGGCCUUCCUCCGCAUCUGCAGCACGCGCAGAUAUCGGCAGGCUCGCAGCAGAGGAGCGUGACCUCCUCAUUCCUCAUCAGAGAUAUUCUCGCGGACUGUAAGCCUCUGGCCGCGUGCGCACCGUACUCCAGCAAUGGACUGCCGACUCAGGAGGUGGGCAGGCUGGCCGCAAAGAUAGCAGAAGACUUUAUGGAGAAAAUCCACAGCAACUCUUCGUCCGACAGUGAAUAUAAAGUGAAGGAGGAGGGGGACAGGGAGAUCUCCAGCAGCAGAGACAGCUCUCAGGCCCGGAUGAAGAAGCCCCGGAAGGCCCGGACGGCCUUCACGGACCACCAGCUCGGGCAGCUGGAGCGCAGCUUCGAGAGGCAGAAAUACCUGAGCGUGCAGGACCGCAUGGAGCUCGCGGCCUCGCUCAACCUCACCGACACACAGGUCAAGACCUGGUACCAGAACCGAAGGACAAAGUGGAAGAGGCAGACGGCGGUGGGACUAGAGCUUCUCGCGGAAGCAGGAAACUACUCCGCCCUGCAGAGGAUGUUCCCAUCCCCGUACUUCUACCCACAGAGCCUGGUGUCUAGCCUGGACCCCGCAGCAGCCCUCUACCUGUACAGAGGCCCCUCGGGACCCCCGCCGGGCCUGCAGAGACCCCUGGUCCCCCGGAUCCUGCUGCACGGCCUGCAGGGGGGCGGCGAGCCACCCCCUCUCCCCCCUAUGUCCGGUGUGCUUUCUCGGCCACCUCUGCCGCGAUGAGCCGGACACUGCUGAUUUUUUAUUGUACGCCAACAAUGGCAGCUUUGGACUCGAGAAGAGAAGAAAUAAAACAAAGACAGAUAAAAUAAAAAACGCGACGAACAAGAGGAAAACUGUUCGAGGCCUUUAUAUGGUGCGAAAGGUCAGAAGUCUGUGGACGGAGCUUUGUGACUAACUGUCUGUACUGAAGGAUUUUAUUCAUUUAUUUUGGGACAAUGAGCUUUAUUUAUUAUUUAUUUAUUUUUCAAGAAUCAAAGCAUCUAAGUUAUGUAUUUAUUUGAACUACGUUUCAGUAUUUUUCCCCAAAAGAUAGAAUUGUUGGUGACACUUUGACCUACAGUUCAAUGCCAAUUAGACCCCCCAUUGGCAUUAUUAUUAUUAUUGUUGUUAUUAUAAUUAUUAUUAUGGAGAGUUAAAGUGUGAAGAAGCAUCCUUCCAUGUAAUAUGAAUAUAAUGUAGAGGGAUCCAAAGGAACAAUUAAUAAAUACUUCCUCUUUUUUCUUUCUAAAUAUGUCAUUGAUUUCCUUUGUUUACAAGUGAAGAUGAUCAGCAGUCAUAAACCUGUAAAUAAGAAUAUUUUGCAUUUUAUUCGAAAGAGACUGAUUUUAAAAGAAACCUUCCUUUUUUUUUGGAUCUAUCAGUGCUUCUAUUUCAGACCAGUCCAGUUAAUAGGCUAGAUUAGCCAACAGAAACUAUUAAAAAAAAAGUGGAAAAAACCUAUUUGUCUGAGAAAGAAUGCCUGGACCCACAUAACACGAGAGCUACGGAAAGAAAUACAUCUAUAUAAAGUCUUUUUCUCGUUCUUAGUUGAAGAUUUAGCGGAGUACAAAUGUCAAGUAAUUUAUAAAAAAGCAGUUUUAUCCCUGCAGGGGGGAAACGGGGACGCAAUCACGUCAGAAAUGUUUCAUUUUCUAUCGUCAUACAGCGGUCGGACUCGGGUCCAGGUGCACCUGCCUGUUGAUUUAGAUGUAUUUGAACAGACGUUGUGCAUUACUUAUGUUAUACUUCAUAUGAAGCCGUGAUAACCCUUAAUUGUUAUACUCUCCUUUGGUGAAAAUGUAUAUUGCAGAUAUCAAACUUGUGGAGUGGUUCUCGUAUAUUUCCUGGAUCGUUUUUUUAAAUUAUUUUUAUUUCUUUCGUUCCUCUAGCUUUCCCCUCGAACUCUCUCUCCCCAUUUGGUGAAAUUCAUUUUUGUGAAAUUCACAGCAACAGUUGGACAGAAAAAAAGGGGGGGGAUUUGAUGUAAAAGAGAAUUACUUUUAUAAAUGUGGAAAUAAAAGUCUUUCAUUUAA